CAUUUGUGGUUUUUUAAUUGGAGGUUUUGCCAGUGUGUUGUCUCGCUGACAAUUUCAGUCUGGAAUUUAUACUAUAUAGUUAUAUAUUUUCAAUUUAUUAAAUUACUUGUGGAAAUUGAAAGGAAAUCAACAACAACAAAAAAAAAACACAGUGUUUUCAAAUAUGUCAGCCCAUAAGCAACGUUACAAGAAUGUCGGUCUUGAUUCCAGCGAAAUGCGACGUCGUCGCGAAGAAGAGGGAAUUCAAUUGCGUAAGCAAAAACGAGAGCAACAGCUCAUCAAACGGAGAAAUGUGGACAGUUUUCAAACAAUGGACAAUGAAUUAGAGAACACAAUUACGGUACAUGACAUCGCUGUUGAAAAUGCAAACCUAUCGAUAAUCAGCCGUGAAAUGAUUUCGGAUUUAUACAGUACGUCAGAAGAGGAUCAACUGAGGGCAAUACAAAAAUUUCGCAAGCUAUUAUCACGAGAUCCGAAUCCACCGAUCGAUGACGUCAUUCAAGCUGGUAUCGUUCCGCGGUUCGUUGAAUUUCUGAAAAACAACAAUAACACAACAUUGCAGUUUGAAGCUGCGUGGGCACUAACCAAUAUUGCAUCGGGUACAUCACAACAAACGAGGAUGGUAAUUGAGGCGGGCGCCGUUCCGGUGUUCAUUGAGCUGUUAUCCAGUCCCGUUGAUGAUGUACAGGAGCAAGCUGUCUGGGCGCUCGGAAACAUUGCCGGAGAUUCAUCUGAAUGUCGAGAUUUCGUGCUUGAUUUCGGUGUGAUGCAGCCGCUAUUAAACGUUUUAAGUACCGUUAACCGUAUUCCAAUGAUUCGAAAUGCAGUUUGGACGCUAUCAAAUUUGUGCCGUGGCAAAGAUCCGCCCGCUGAUUUUUCAAAAGUUGUACGCGGUUUACCAGUACUUGCCCGAUUACUCUUUCACACAGACAUUGAUGUACUGAGUGAUACUUGUUGGGCAAUCAGCUACUUGUCAGACGGACCAAACGACAAAAUUCAAGCAGUCAUUGAUGCUGGCGUAUGUCGUCGACUUGUUGAACUGUUGCUACAUGAUUCACAUAGCAUAGUUAAAGCGGCGCUCCGUGCAGUCGGAAAUAUUGUAACCGGUGAUGAUGUUCAGACUCAGGUAAUCUUGAACAGUGGUGCAUUGCCGCACAUUUUACAUUUAUUAUCAUCGGAAAAGGAGUCAAUUCGAAAAGAAGCAUCAUGGACAAUAUCAAAUAUUACCGCUGGCAAUCGUCAACAAAUUCAAGCUGUCAUCGAUGCACAAAUAUUCCCAGUGUUGAUUCAUAUACUGAAAAAUGAUGAAUUUAAAACGCGAAAAGAGGCCGCAUGGUCAAUUACCAAUGCCACCAGUAGCGGUACAGCCGAACAAAUUAAAUAUUUGGUUGAUGCUGGUUGUAUUCCACCGAUGUGCGAACUGUUAACCGUUGUUGAUUCGCAAAUUAUUCAAGUGGCAUUGAAUGGAUUAGAAAAUAUUCUAAAGGCGGGUGAUUUGGAUAAAACGAAACCAAAUCCGUAUGCCGUUUUGAUCGAAGAAUGUUAUGGACUGGAAAAAAUCGAAUUUCUGCAGUCACAUAAUAUUCGCGAUAUUUACCAGAAAGCAUUUUGCAUAAUUGAACAGUACUUUAGCAGUGAAGAAGAGGAAGAUGUACGAGUUGCACCAGCGGCUAAUAACAAUCAAUACCAAUUCAAUACCAAUGCUGAUCAAUCAGUUCCAAUGGGUGGAUUCCAAUUCUAAAAUGAAUUUAACAUCACAAAUAUGGGUAACAUUUGACAUACAGACAAAACAAACAACAAUAAUCGAACGAAUACCCAAAAAAAAACAACAAACGAUUUAACAAAAUGCAUAAAAAAUGCACGAA